AGCCUUCGCCAGGCGCAAGGGGAUUCCAGCCAUGGACAACGCCGUUUGGCUUUGGAGCACCAGCGGCAAGUUCAGGCCCUAUGACGAGGCCACAAGCGCUUGCAUUGAGGAGGCCUACCAGAAGGGCUUGGCGAACAUUCGAGUUCGACUGUGGAGGGGCGCUGAGCAGGCAGACUACUCCAUCGACUUUCGCAAGAUGCGCCAGGUGAACCUCCGGGAUCCACAGAAGUGGCGCCACGUGAAGCGCUCGGCCAAGACGCGAGAGGUCCCGCAAGGAGCGCCUGCCAUGCCUGCGUCAGAGGCAAAGGACACUCCUAUGGCGCUUGAGGUUCGGUGGAAGGGCACAAGAAAGAGCUUCCAUUUGACCAGCCAAGCUGCUGCUGAGAGCAUCAUCCAAAGCGGGAAGUUCCAUCACUCGAAGAGGGGGAUGAUGGGGCCUUUCAUCUACUUCGCAGGAAGCCCUGAGGACUGUGACGGCAAGGCGAAUGGAGCCAGGUUGGUGGAUGGUGCAGUGCUGCAAGCGACGGUGGACCUCGGCCAAAGCUUGGUCAUCCGCCAAGACAUGUCCAGUGCAGCUCAGAGCAGCUUGGGCAUCAGCAGAUGGAGCGAGCUUGACAGGGCAAAGCUGCAGCAGGUGGGAUGUCAGAGCGUGUACGCCACCUCUGACUUCGUGAGCCGCGACGAGUGGGCCGUGGUGUCCAACUCGCAGAUUCGAGACCUCGUCUUGAAGGGCUUCGAAAGCCGUGGACGGCCACUGCCCUAUUGGCAAUGGCCACGCUGGGUUCAUUCGCUGGCCAACGCCGUCAACGUGGACUACAUUGCCAUCGACCGGGUCACUGAAGGGGCGGCAGGGCGGACCGAUCCUGCGCCGCCUGGAGUGAGGGUAAACUCGGCGGGGCGUCCAGUUCACUCUGAUGGGAGAUUCAUGUCGUACUCAGAGGCGCGUCAGCUUGGCUGGGGGCAAGCACCCCCACCAAGCCCGAACCCUUGGAACGAGCACCAGAAGCGCAUGGGUGGCCAAGGGUACUCUCAAGCCCAGAUCAGGCAGGCUUACACUUUUGGCUCUUCGCAAGGUUCCCUUGGCUCAAUCGCCCGCCAGACCAACCCUUGGAACGAGCACCAGAAGCGCAUGGGUGGCCAAGGGUACUCUCAAGCAGACAUCCUUGCUGCCUACCGGCCCACCUCAGCUUCCAGCCUGGGCGGAGGCGGUGGUUCUUCAGGCGGCUUGGGUUGGAACAAGUUCCGCACAUCCAUGGCGGGGCAGGGCUUGUCCAGGUCAGAGAUGAGUGCCGCCUACUGGGCUUAGAAGUGAGAAUGGCUCAGACCCCUUUCCGCAGGGCAGUUUUAACCCAAGUGGCUGGGGCUGCCGCGCGACUGGACUGUGGCCAUGAGCCGUAAUCUACUCGUGCGCAGAAAAUGUACAGUACGGACAGUUGCAGUUCCGGGCACUUGGUGGGUUGGAGGCGUCUCCAACUCCUAAAUGUGUGAGUAUUUUUUUGGAGACGAGGUUCGAUGUGUGCUGCUGACUGUGUCAGCUUAUGCCGCGGCGACAGCUGACGGCUUCUUGAAAUUUGCUGGGGUGCUGAGCCACAGCUUGUC